AUGAAGAGGAUACUUCUACCAAUUUCAGUCAUGAUUGGUUUGGCUUUUGCUAAGAGUGAUCUAGUCUAAAGCAGUUUUGGUGAUCUCAGAUGCUAAGGAUGCAGAACAGUGGUUCAAGCGCUCAGUGAUAGACUGACUACAGAUCCAUUUGUGAGUGCCAUCAAUGUCUUGAUUGGGGAUAAAUAUGACGCCUUAUCUAUUGCUCAAUCACUCUCUUAACUGAUAAUUACUCCUGACUACUUCUGCUCUAAAGUUACUAAUCUUUGCGAAGGCAAGGCCCAAUAUCAAGAGGUAGACCCUUAAGAUGACAUUCAUAAUAUUUUGAAAGACAAGCCAAAUCACAUAUCAAACAAUUUCAUCAAUGAACUUUACGAGGAGUUAGGUAAUAGAAGGUAUAUUGCUGCACCAAAGAGACUAAAAUUUUUGCAUAUAUCAGAUCUUCAUCUUGAUCUAUUCUAUGAGGAGGGGACAAUUUCCGAUUGCGGACAAUCAUAUUGCUGCAGAAAUGACACUUACAUUGGAUAAGGAAGUAAUAAAGCUGGAAAGUUCGGAGCUGUUGUAGGAAACUGUGAUCCACCUAAAGUAACACUCCAAGAUGCUUUGAACUUUAUCAAAGAGAAGAUCAAUCCUGACGUGAUUGUCUGGACAGGAGAUAACUCCCCUCAUGAUGGCUACAGAACUUCCGAAUGGGAAGUGACAUUAAAUACUAACGUGACUACUCAAAUGAUACAGCAAACAUUCCCACAUCUCCUCAAUGCUACCUAUGCUGUUUUUGGAAAUCAUGACAACUUCCCUAACAACAAUUGGAAUUUUAAGACAGGAAGCCCUGCAGCUUAAAAUUCUAUGUCAAUGUGGAAGCCUUGGAUUGAUCCAGAAAAAUUUGAGUAAUUCUAGAAAACAGGAUAUUAUAGUCAAAGACUAAAGAACAUCAAUUAUAAACUAGUUCAGGUCAUUGCUUUAAACACUUAAUCCUGCGAUAUAAAUAACAGAUUUGUAAUGAGUGAACUCUAUGAUCCAAACAAUCAAAUCGAAUGGCUGAUUAAUGAACUUAAACUGGUAGAAUAGAAUGAUGGAGUAGCAAUCAUUGUCUAGCACAUCAUCCCAGAGGAAUGCAGUGAAUCUUAUGCUGUAAGGUACAGAGCUGUUCUGGAAAGAUUCUAGCAUAUCAUCCGUCUAAACUUCUUCGGCCACACUCAUGCUGACAAAUUCAAAGUCUCAAGAGCAUACGACGAUUAGAACUCACCUAUCAGCAUGCUGCAUGUUUGUGGUAGUAUCAGCACUUGGGGAGGUAAUCCAUCUUUCUGUGUGUAUGAGGUUGAUGAAGACACAAUGCUGCCUGUCUCUAGAUAAACUUAUGCCUUUGAUAUGGCCAAAGCAAAUUAAGAUGGAUUUAUUACCUGGGAUCUCUACACUGAUUGGCUCAUUACUUAUGAGUUGAAGGAUCUCUCUCCCAAUUCAUUCGUUGAGUUUGCUAAUAAAGUCAAAUAGGAUGGAUUAUUAGCUAGAUAGUACAAUCAAAGGGCAAGAAGGGAUUAUAACUUAUCAGGCUUUUGUGAUGAUAAUUGCAGAUAGAAUGCUUACUGUGAGAUGAUGACAUAGAGUCUAGAAGAAAUGAGUCAAUGUCAAGGCAAAUCCUUCCCUUAUGAUAUGGGAGGGGAUAUUGUCAAUGGUAUUCUUUAGUAUCUUCAAAAUCCUUGGGUUAAAGUUUAAGAUAAGAAAGAAAAAUUGCAUAAGUGGAAUUGA